GGAGACUCUGGGACCGGGAGGUUUUUGUCCAGGCCAGGCUGCACAGGAAAGGAAUGAAGCCAGGAGCGCCUCAAAGUCCAGCCUGGUAGUGGUGACUGACUGACAGAUGAGCAUGGAGCUGGCCACGAUGGGGCCUGGAGCUUCCGGAAAUGGGGCCAGGACUGCGGCAGCUCCAGGCUCAGGGCUGGGCCCUGGGGUCUCCCUGCACGCCUAUGACAUUGGGGUCCUGGUCGUCUACUUUGCUUUCGUCAUCGGCGUGGGGGUUUGGUCUUCCAUUCGGGCUAGCAGAGGGACCAUUGGCGGCUACUUCCUGGCAGGGAGGUCCAUGAGCUGGUGGCCGAUCGGAGCCUCUCUGAUGUCCAGCAAUGUGGGCAGCGGCUUGUUCAUCGGCCUGGCUGGGACAGGAGCUGCUGGAGGCCUUGCUGUGGGUGGCUUUGAGUGGAAUGCAACCUGGCUGCUUCUGGCCCUUGGCUGGAUCUUCGUCCCCGUGUACAUUGCAGCCGGGGUGGUCACCAUGCCACAGUACCUGAAGAAGCGCUUCGGGGGCCAGAGGAUCCAGGUGUACAUGUCUGUCCUCUCUCUCAUCCUCUACAUCUUCACCAAGAUUUCAACUGACAUCUUCUCUGGAGCCCUCUUCAUCCAGAUGGCCUUGGGCUGGAACCUGUACCUCUCCACGGUGAUCUUGCUGGUGGUGACAGCUGUUUAUACCAUCGCAGGGGGCCUUACGGCCGUGAUCUAUACAGAUGCUCUACAGACGGUGAUCAUGGUGGGGGGAGCCCUGGUCCUCAUGUUUCUGGGCUUUCGGGAGGUGGGCUGGUACUCAGGCCUGGAGCAGCAGUACAGGCAGGCCAUCCCGAAUGUCACUGUCCCCAACACCACCUGUCACCUCCCCCGGCCCGACGCCUUCCACAUGCUCCGGGACCCUGUGAGCGGGGACAUCCCGUGGCCAGGCCUCAUUUUUGGGCUCACAGUGCUGGCCACCUGGUGCUGGUGCACGGACCAGGUCAUCGUGCAGCGGUCUCUCUCCGCCAAGUCUCUGUCCCACGCCAAGGGAGGCUCCGUGCUGGGGGGCUACCUGAAGAUCCUGCCCAUGUUCUUCAUCGUCAUGCCCGGCAUGAUCAGCCGCGCCCUGUACCCAGAUGAGGUGGGCUGCGUGGACCCUGACAUCUGCCAAAGAAUCUGCGGAGCCAGAGUGGGAUGUUCCAACAUCGCCUACCCCAAGCUGGUCAUAACUCUCAUGCCUGUUGGUCUGCGGGGUCUGAUGAUCGCUGUGAUCAUGGCCGCCCUCAUGAGCUCACUCACCUCCAUCUUCAACAGCAGCAGCACCCUGUUUGCCAUUGACGUGUGGCAACGCUUCCGCAGGAAGGCAACAGAGCAGGAGCUGAUGGUGGUGGGCAGAGUGUUUGUGUUGUUCCUGGUCGUCAUCAGCAUCCUCUGGAUCCCCAUCAUCCAAAGCUCUAACAGCGGGCAGCUGUUUGACUACAUCCAGUCUGUCACCAGCUACCUGGCUCCGCCCGUCACCGCCCUCUUCCUGCUGGCCAUCUUCUGCAAGAGGGUCACAGAGCCUGGAGCCUUCUGGGGCCUCAUGUUCGGCCUGGCAGUGGGGCUUCUGCGCAUGGUCCUGGAGUUCUCGUACCCCGCCCCAGCCUGCGGGGAGGUGGAGCAGAGGCCGGCCGUGCUGAAGGACUUCCACUACCUCUACUUUGCACUCAUCCUCUGUGGGCUCACUGCCAUCGUCAUCGUCACUGUCAGCCUCUGUACAACCCCCAUCCCCGAGGAAAAGCUCGCUCGGCUGACGUGGUGGACUCGGCACCACCCCCGCUCUGAGCUGGACAAGGAGACACAUGAGGGCCCAGCAGGGAGGUCAGAGAUGCCAUCUGCGGAGCAGCCUGCAGGAGGUGGAGAGGCAGCGAACCCCAGCCAGGGCCGGGAGCAGUGUGGAGCCUCACGCAGGUCCUGGGGAAAGCUGCUCUGGGGCUGGUUCUGUGGGCUCUCCGGGGCCCCGGAACAAGCCCUGAGUCCAGCAGAGAAGGCUGCACUAGAGCAGAAGCUGACCAGCAUUGAGGAGAAGCCGUUCUGGAGAAGCGUCUGCAACGUCAAUGCCAUCCUCCUGCUGACCAUCAAUGUCUUCCUCUGGGGCUAUUUCGCAUGAGCCUGCAGACCUGGCUUCAGCUGAGACGCAUGAAACACAGCCGAAGCCUGGCCAGCCACGGAGACAGACUUUCCUCCCACCUUGCAGUCCAGACUGGAGACCCAGAGGCUGAGACUGCAAGAGGGCGGAAAGAGCCCCUAAUCCAGCCUGUACACUUGACCCGGGGAGAAAUGGAGGCCCAGAGAGAUCACUAGGUCUGCUCAGGGCCACCCAGCUGGAGUCUCACUGCCCUCCUGACUCCAGCUCUCUUCCCGUUACGUUGCCCUAAGUCCUCCCUCAAAAGCACUGUUUCCACUUUCUUGGUGAGUCUACUCAGAAGCAUGUAGAGUCUGGAGGGUAAAAGCUGGAGAGUACAAGGAAAGGGAUGGCAAGAAAGGCGCAGAAAGCCAUGUACAUCUUUGCUCACUCAUACCCCUGCCUUUUCCCCCUUCUCCUUCCCCUGCCUCUCUAGUUCCCAGUCCUCAGUCAUCUAUUUCUAGCAGCCAUGUACCCAGAAGGACCUCGUACUUCCACUGGCCGCUCCACAUGGUGGCGGUCAGACCCAAAGGAAGGAGGGACCAGGGUGGCAUGUAAGCACGGCGAUGGGUGGAGUCCAGGGCGGGGAGCACUGGGUGAGGUAUUCUCCUUGGCUUCACUCAAAUUCUGCCUCUUUCUACUGUCACAUCCAAUCACGUACAAAGUGUCCAUGGCCUUGAGGAACAGAGAGUACAGUUAAAGAGACGACUUGUUGAAAACAAGAGGAAUUGAGACAGGCUGCUCUGUGCCUAAGAGGAAGCCCCGCAGAGGGCCAGCACAGGCAGCCAGGAGCACUGCAGUGGCGUCUGUGCCCCUCUGCCCUUGUCUGCCAGGCGUCACCUUCCCUGGAAAACACCAUGACCCUGCUUAGCUGUCCCUCCUCCAGGAAGCUGCCUGGUGCCCCAAACUGGGUCAAG